AUGACCAAACUUCAAGAAUGGCUUUCUGGUGGUGGCAUUUUGUUUGCUAUAUGGUUUUACCUCAUUACUAGUAAAGAUAACAAUGAUUUUAUAAGAGACAAUUAUGAGUUGAUACUGUACUCACCUAUUAUUUUCAUCAUCCUAUUUGGGCUAUAUGCAGCUACCAUAGUUCUUUACAGGGUAUACACAUUCAAUGAUUGUGAAGAGGCAGCAGUGGAACUUCAGAAAGAAAUUGUAGAGGCAAAAGAACAACUGGUGAAACUUGGAUUCAAACUUCAAGAAAAAUCAAAGUGA